AUGGAUGGUCUUUCGGAGACCACGAAGAGCAGGGCCGGGUCGAACCUCACAAACAAGUUCCAGGAAAUCACGUGGAAUGAGCGGAAGCGCCUCGCCUUUGGCGGUUGCGUCCUCGAGAACGCCGACUCGCCCCGAUCGAGCCCGAGCUCCCAGCCUGAUCUGCGCCGUAUCGGCAUGGAUCGUUACUACAAUAUCAAACCCUGGAGCCACAACCGUGUAAAGCUUCUCGUCCCCGAAGGCGCCCUCGAUUACGUCAACGCCUCUCCAAUAGUUCUUAAAUCACCUUCCGACUCGGAACUUGCGCCGUUUCGCUAUGUGGCCAUGCAGGGACCUACUCCCCAAUCCACCGAUUCCGUCUGGCGCAUGGUGGCCGAGCAGCUUGGUACCACGGCAGUCAUUGUCCAGCUCACUAAUAUGGUGGAGAAUGGGGCGCAAAAGUGCUUCCCGUACUUUCCACACCUCGAGGCGGAACCUACAUGGGUGCUAAACGAGAAGGAUGUAUGGCAGGACGGCUGGGCCGGCAGUCUCACGUUCAAGGAGACGCAGACGCUGGCGGAUGGCGACAUCGAAGUUACAAAGCUCAUCCUCCACGUGGACGGCGAGGAAGAAGACCGCACGGUUUGGCACCUUUUGUACACCAAGUGGCCGGACUUUGGCGUUCCUGCCAUCGAACAUCUCGACAGCUUCUUUGAGAUAAUGCGCCUCUCCCGCGAAUACAAUAUGGAGGACAAGCCGCGUAUUAUACACUGCAGCGCUGGAGUCGGUCGCACGGGUACGUUUAUCGCUCUAGAACACCUCAUGCGGGAGCUCGACACUGGAUACCUCGCGAACUACGACGCCAACGUGACUGGGGAACCGGAUUUCAUAUUCAAAGUUGUCGACCUACUUCGGGAGCAGCGCAAGUCAAUGGUGCAGGCAGAGAUUCAGUUCCUAUUCAUAUACAGGGUGCUGAGGAAGUUGUGGCUCGACAAGUACAGAGACACUGCCGAUGGCGAAUACGACGUGGAGCCAGCCCCCAAGAGGCUCGAGGUCUCGGAUACAUACAGCAGCGAUUGA